AAAUAAUAUUAUUUUUAUGCACAACAAAGAUUCCUUCGCUAUUUUGAAAAAUUUGUACUUGAAACAGCUCAAACGGGUAGGGGUUCUCUCCAGUGAGAAUUUCACUGGAUUUCCUCCAGUUUUAAUCUCCACCCUUCAAUAUUUAUAUUUUUAAAUUUUAAUAUUAAUUGUUUUGAUUUGAGUGGUGAAAAUUCCACUGGACCUCUCACCUCAUGGGAGAGGAUCCAGUCCCAGCUCAAACAAGUUUUUGUUUCCUUUAUGUCAGAAAAAUAUCCAAAUGGUAAUGGAAUCGUGUGCGGCAGCCUGUAAACUCGCUGUCUCUCUCUGUCCAUUAUUACAACAAUCGCACCCACAUUCACAAACACGUGUCACAAACCGACCCAAUAAACGGUCCAGUCCGGUCCAAUAAGCCCGGUCUAAUUUUUACAACGAAGCGAAUCAACCGCAAAUAGCACUUUUUCAUUUCUACAUACACUUCACGUACACUUCAAUCCAAUCUCUCUCUCUCUGAAACCGUGCAACGAAUCUAGGUCGCUUUCAUCGGAAUCUCGCGUCGGAAACGACGCCGGAAAUGGCGGAUUUACCGGAGAAUCGCCGGAACUCUUCUUCAAGUUCUUCUAGUUCCAGCGAUAAAUCGGUCAAACUCGAGCCUGAACCAGUUGCCGGAAACGGAAACACUAGCAAGGAAGUUGUGGAUAGUAUCGGUACCGUUUCCAACGGAGUUUCCGUUGUUAAUAACGGUAGUAGUAGUUCUUCAAAAUCAGGCAUUCCUAGCAGGGGGUUGCCCAAAGUGACCACAUUGCCGGUAGAUAUAACCCAUGGAGAUAAAUCGGAGUCAAGUCCAAGUAAGUUUAAGUUGGAAAGGUCAAAAACAGAGAGGCAGAGACAUCUAAGGCCAGAGGAUGCAGCACAAAUUUUUAAUGACAAACUUCCUGUACAGGAAAAGCUUAGAAUUUUGAACAGAAUAGCUACUGUUAAAGAUGACGGAACUGUAGAAUUUGAUGUUCCCAUAGAUGUUGAACCUGAGGCUCUUGGUGGUAGAUCCAAACAUGUAAAUAAUGUUAUUGAUGAUUCACAUUGUGCAACAGACCUUGAUUACAUCCCUCCGUUGAAUAUAGUAAUGCUUAUUGUUGGAACACGAGGAGAUGUACAGCCAUUUGUCGCAAUAGGAAAACGCUUGCAGGAUUAUGGCCAUCGUGUUAGAUUAGCAACACAUUCAAACUUUAAGGAGUUUGUUUUAACAGCUGGCUUGGAGUUUUAUCCGUUAGGGGGAGAUCCGAAAGUCCUUGCCGGAUAUAUGGUUAAAAAUAAGGGCUUUCUGCCAUCGGGACCCUCUGAGAUACCUGUACAGAGAAAUCAAAUGAAAGAAAUUAUUAACUCUCUGCUUCCUGCCUGUAAAGAACCAGAUAUUGAUUCUGGAGUCCUCUUUAAAGCAGAUGCAAUCAUUGCCAAUCCCCCAGCAUAUGGGCAUACCCAUGUCGCAGAGGCCUUAAAAAUUCCAAUUCAUAUUUUUUUCACAAUGCCAUGGACGCCAACAACUGAAUUUCCACACCCUUUGUCUCGUGUAAAGCAACAGGCUGGUUAUAGGCUUUCAUAUCAAAUAGUUGACUCAUUAAUUUGGCUUGGAAUACGAGACAUGAUUAAUGAUCUUAGAAAGAAAAAGUUGAAGCUACGACCAGUCACAUAUUUAAGUGGCUCACAAGGUUCCGAAACUGACAUUCCUCACGCAUAUAUAUGGAGUCCUCAUCUUGUUCCUAAACCAAAAGACUGGGGACCAAAAAUCGAUGUAGUAGGGUUUUGCUUUCUUGAUUUAGCAUCAAACUACGAACCUCCCGAGGACCUUGUAAAAUGGCUUGAAGACGGUGACAAGCCGAUUUAUAUUGGGUUUGGUAGCCUGCCUGUUCAAGAUCCAAAAAAGAUGACACAAAUAAUUGUAGAAGCACUGGAGACCACGGGACAGAGAGGUAUCAUCAGUAAAGGAUGGGGAGGUCUUGGGAAUUUGACAGAACCAAAGGACUCUAUAUACUCGUUGGAUAAUAUUCCACAUGACUGGCUAUUUUUACACUGCAAAGCAGUGGUGCAUCAUGGAGGAGCAGGAACAACAGCUGCGGGGCUGAAAGCUGCUUGCCCAACGACCAUAGUUCCUUUUUUUGGUGAUCAACCCUUUUGGGGUGAGAGAGUACAUGAUAGAGGAGUCGGCCCUCUACCUAUCCCAGUUGACGAGUUUUCGCUUCCUAAGUUGAUUGAUGCCAUAAAUUUUAUGCUAGAUCCCAAGGUAAAGGAGAACGCAAUUGAACUCGCCAAGGCCAUGGAAAAUGAGGAUGGGGUAACUGGAGCAGUGAAAGCAUUUUUUAAGCAGCUUCCUCAAAAGAAACCUGAGUCUGAUACAGAGCCAUCUACAUCUAGUUUUUUCUCUAUAUGUAAAUGUUUUGGUUGUUCGUGAUCCAUUGCAAGCCGGUCAAACCCAUUACCUUUUUUCAAGCUAUAUGUACAUCCCCAGAGCACUCACUUGUCACAUUGUCAUGUUACUGCAAAAUGCUUCUAUUUAAUUUGAGCUUCAAUAUGUAUGUAAAUUUUCUGUUGUGUGUAUAAUUGAUUUUCUUGGUGCCUGUGUAAUGAUUUUGUUCUUUUUCUGUCUUGCACUAGACAUGUAUCAAUUUUUCACCAUGACCAGAUACAUGUGGUCUAAUAUCCCUGUGUUGAUUAGAAAUAAACGUAUGCUAAUUGGUGUUGGUUUUGUGA